AUGAGUGAUACAGAGACUGUCCGCCCUGCGUUUCCCACGCGGGAGCACUCCCCGCUGCUCUCGUACGGCCUCCCCUUCCCCUCCGCUGCGGCGCGACACGUUUCCGCCAUGUUCGGUGCCUCGCGGGUUUACGUGCUCUGCUCAGCGUCUCUGGCGCGCAACACCGACGCGCUGGACAGGCUGCAGGCUGCGCUUAGCACGGCGGGAGUCACAGUCGUCGGACUGCGGAUCGGCAUGCGGAGCCAUACGCUGUGGUCUGAGGUGGUGCAGGUGGUCAACGAGGCGAGAGAGGCGGACGCAGAUCUCCUCUUGACACUGGGAGGGGGGAGUUUGACGGAUGGAGCGAAGAUUGCUGCUUUAGCUCUCUCGAACGGGGUAACCACUCCAGCCGAUCUUGCUACCCUGACCGAAGGCCCUGACAAACGAGCCGUUGUUCAUCCUCCGACGAUUCCCAUCGUGUCGAUCCCGACUACACUGUCCGCAGGCGAGUACUCCGACUUUGCUGGGGGCACAAACGACGCCACACGCCACAAGCACAGCUUCCAGCAGCCAGCGCGUGGGCCACGGCUCGUCAUCCUUGACCCGGAUCUGGCGGCGAUGACCCCGGACGCGAUCUGGUUGAGCACGGGAGUUCGAGCUGUGGACCACUGCGUCGAGACGCUGUGUGCGAUCGAGGGUGCAACGCCCGCCACAGACGCGCUCGCCGAGAGGGCCCUCCGGCUGCUUGUCCCGGGUCUCCUGCGCUCGAAACGCGACAGUGCAGACCGCGAGGCUCGGCUACAGUCUCAGCUUGGUUCUGUCGAUGCCAUGGCGGCUUUCACGGGUGGAUCAGUCGAGCUGGGUGCCAGCCACGGAAUUGGCCAUCAGCUUGGCCCUCUGGGUGUCGGCCACGGAGAAACUAGCUGUAUCAUGCUCCCCGCCGUGUGCAAGUUCAAUGCCCUCCACAACGCCAACCGGCACCGCCAGCAGCGGGUUCUGGCCUGUCUGACAUCCGACGCGGUAGUGUCGAACGUCCUGCGAGAACGCUCUGUUGAUGCCUCCCGCGCCGAUCUGGGAGACGUCCUGGACGCUGUGAUCCGGCAGCUGGGCCUGCCGCGCUCGCUGACGGAGGUGGGCGUGGGGCGAGACAAGCUGGAUCCGCUGGCGCUGAACAGUCUGCAAGAUCGAUGCUGCAAGACGAACCCCGUGCCCCUAGAGACGAAGGAGCAGGUGUUGGAGAUCCUGGAGAUGGCGUUGUAG